UUUUCCGCCUUUCGCCGGUUUGUAAUGCGCAUGCGUCCUGUCGCUCAUUGUGUUCGCAAAGAUGGCGUUGAGUAAAACAUUUGGACAAAAACCAAUAAAAUUUCAACUAGAGGAAGAUGGGGACUUUUUUAUGAUAGGUUCAGAGGUAGGCAACUAUCUUCGUAUGUUCAGAGGCUCUCUGUACAAGCGGUACCCGUCGCUAUGGAGACGUCUCGCCUCCGUGGAUGAGAGGAAGAAGGUUGUAGCAUCAUCUCACGCCACCAGUGUGACCCUGCUGAAGGCAUCGGAGUGUGAAGAAAUCUUCGAGGGCAAUGAUGAGAAGUACAAGGCGGUGUCUAUCAGCACAGAACCUCCAGCGUAUCUCAGGGAGCAGAAGGCAAAGAGGAACAGUCAGUGGGUGCCCACAUUACCCAACAGCUCCCAUCACUUGGAUGCAGUGCCUUCCUCCACCACCAUCAACCGAAAUCGAAUGGGACGUGACAAAAAAAGGACUUUCCCAUUAUGUUUCGAUGACCAUGACCCUGCUGUUAUCCAUGAAAAUGCUUCUCAGGCUGAAGUUCUGGUGCCCAUCCGUCUGGAUAUGGAGAUCGAUGGGCAGAAGCUGAGAGAUGCCUUCACUUGGAACAUGAAUGAGAAACUUAUGACUCCAGAGAUGUUUGCUGAGAUCUUGUGUGAUGACCUGGACCUGAAUCCUCUCGCUUUCGUCCCUGCCAUCGCCUCUGCUAUUAGACAGCAGAUCGAGUCUUACUCCACCGACAGCAUUCUGGACGAGCAGACGGACCAGAGGGUCAUCAUCAAGCUAAACAUCCACGUAGGAAACAUCUCGCUGGUGGACCAGUUCGAGUGGGACAUGUCGGAGAAGGAAAACUCACCAGAAACGUUUGCUUUGAAGCUCUGCUCUGAGCUGGGCCUCGGAGGAGAGUUCGUCACCACAAUCGCCUACAGCAUCCGAGGACAGCUCAGCUGGCACCAGAGGACGUACGCCUUCAGGUCUGAUUUCAGUGAGAACCCUUUACCCACGGUGGAGAUUGCUAUUAGGAACACAGGCGAAGCCGACCAGUGGUGUCCACUGCUAGAGACUCUGACAGAUGCAGAGAUGGAGAAGAAAAUUAGAGAUCAAGACAGAAAUACCAGACGCAUGCGACGACUUGCCAACACUGCCCCUGGGUGGUAGAAAAGGGCAUUACUAAUGCUGCCACUCAAUAAGCUUUCAAUCUAUGAAAGAGCCUCAGGGUUGCUGGAGGCUUUUGCACAAAUUCACACAACGUUCUUGAUGACAUUCCUCUGGCCUUCGGACCUCCUCAACAGCAUUACACACACUCCACACACUGGGCCUUUGCUCAUAGGAGCAGUUUGGACUUCACUGAUCAUAGGUCAGAUAUUCAUUUGCCUGUCAUUGCAGUUUCUCUGUGCUCCAGUUAUAGAUAACUCUGGUUGUAAUAACGGAACGUUGUAGAGAAUGUUCGAUUGAGUAUUGUGGUUUUUUUAAUGGUGCUAAUCCAUACUUUGAAUUUGACUUGUUUUUUUUAAAUAAAAGAAAUUGCAAAUUGUU